CAAGACUAAACGGAAGUAGGUACGUGGCUGCUUCAGCUGACAGUCUACAUGAUGGCGACAGAGGUUCAGAGCGGCGACCUCGACAGUGCUACUUCUAGCCGGCUCGAAGUUUCUAUCGAUGGCCUCACCCUCAGUCCUGACCCGGAGGGCGAGCAGGUCCAGGUCGAAGAGCCGGACCCCGAACCCGCGGAACCAGAGACCGACACACCGGGUGCAGCGGGAGGCGAAGAUGGAGAGACAGCCAAAUCUGCGAUAGAGAGGAAAUGGGGCUUUCCUCUACUGGAGCUGUACGGAAUGGGCCUUCAAUUCUUCAAAGAUAAAGAUGGAAAGGCCUUCCACCCAACAUAUGAGGAGAAGCUUCGACUGGUGGCUCUGCACAAACAGGUGUCACUGGGCCCUUAUAAUCCUGAUGCUUCACCGGAGGUCGGCUUCUUUGAUGUCCUGGGCAACGACCGCAGGAAAGAGUGGGCCGCCCUGGGUAACCUGGAGAAGGAGGAGGCCAUGGUGGAGUUUGUCAAGCUGCUGAACAAGUGCUGUAACCUCUUUGCUCCCUACGUCACCUCACACAAGAUCGAAAGGGAGGAGCAGGAGAGGAAAAGGAAAGAAGAAGAGGAGCGUCAACGGCUGGAGGAGGAGGAGAGGGAGCGACAAAGGCAGGAGGAGGAGAGAAGGAGGCUUGAAGAGGAGGAAAGGCUGAGGAGAGAGGAAGAGGAAAAGAGACAGGCAGAGGAGGAAAGGCUACGUAUUGAGCAGCAGAAACAACAGAUAAUGGCGGCAUUGAAUGCGCAGACAGCAGUGCAGUUCCAACAGUAUGCUGCUCAGCAGUACCCCAACAGCCCGGAGCAACAGCUGGGCCUCAUCCGUCAGCUCCAGGAGCAGCACUACCAGCAGUACAUGCAGCAGCUCUACCAGGUCCAGCUGGCCCAACAACAGGUAGCGGCCUUACAGAAGCAGCAGAUGCAGGCGGAUUCGAUGGUGCAGGGCACCCUUGAAUCAAGCAGCUUCAAUAGCGGCGAACCCAUCGCCGCCUCAGCAGCAGGACCGUUGUGUGCGGCUUCACUCCCUGCUGGCGAGGAAACUCCGACAGUCAAUGGAGGCCAGUCGGACUCAUACUCGGAGAGCAUGGACCGGGAGCCAGAGCCUGAGCCAGCAGAGGAGGUCUCAGAGAAUGGGCCUUUAUUAGCAGACUCCCCACCAGUCAUAGCAGCUCCCUCCAUGUGGACACGGCCACAGAUCAAGGACUUCAAGGAGAAAAUCCGGCAGGACGCAGACAGUGUGAUCACAGUGGGGCGUGGAGAGGUGGUGACGGUGCGUGUGCCUACCCACGAGGAGGGCUCGUACCUGUUCUGGGAGUUUGCCACGGACUAUUAUGACAUCGGCUUCGGGGUCUUCUUCGAGUGGACGGACGCUGCCACUGCUUCAGUCAGCGUGCAUGUGUCGGAGUCCAGUGAUGACGACGAGGAUGAGGAAGCUGAGCCUCCCAGUGAGGAAGAGAAGGCAAAGAAGGAGGCAGGGAAGCCCCAGGUGGAUGAGAUUGUGCCGGUGUACCGGCGGGACUGUCAUGAAGAGGUGUACGCCGGCAGCCACCAGUACCCUGGCCGCGGAGUCUACCUGCUCAAGUUUGACAACUCCUAUUCACUCUGGCGCUCCAAGAGUGUUUACUACAGAGUCUACUACACCAGAUAAGCCUGAAUACAGACAAAGGGGGAGCCAAGGAGUGUGUAUGUUCAUAAGGGUGUGUGUCUGUCUGUGUGAAGGAGAUACCAGGUCUAUUCUGGAAAAACCACCAGAGGGUGACAAAGAGACACUUCUGGAGCCCUGGUUUGGAGAAUGGACUAAUGUGUAUGUACUGUACGUGUAUGUGUGUCCCAUGAUACACCCAUGCCUGUCAUCGAGCGAAGAGGAGUGUGUAUUCCGGUUGUAUAUUCAUCCCCUGUCCUCGCAGCGCUCCCGUAGACCAAGCUGUAGGACUUCGCUCUCAUAUUAUAUUUGACCACUUUUCACCCUGGGCUCCUCUUCUGUCACCACCCCAGCCCAACACUGUCCAACGUGGCCUUGUGGCUGCUUCUGCCCUGAGUGACAAUUUCAUAACCGUGAACGGAUACCCGGCGAGUCCAGCACUCUGCGAGCCAACAUUUCAUGUUUGGUUGUAAUAGUGGUUGGUUGUUUAUCCCACAAGAACACAGACAAUGUUGAAAAUCUAAUUAUAUUGCAAAUGUACUUCAUAACACUAUGCCUCUGUCCCACAGAGAGCUUCUGGUCUUUGCCAAGACUCUCACACACAUUAAAAACACCGUUGUACACAAACUUAAUCAUCUUUUUGUUGUUGUAAAACAGUAGUCUGUUAUUCUUUACCCUAGCCACCAUACAUAUAUGAGGAUUUGAGAGGAUGUUCAGUGGAAGUAGUGCUCUUUUUGGCUUAUUCCCGCACAAAAACUGUCUUUUUUUUUUCACCUUUUUUUUUAAUUUCUUGAAAUAAUUUGACCAGGAGUAGUGUGGUGUUUUGUUUUUGUUUUGUUUUUUAUAUAUAUAUAAAUGGAGUCUACUGGCAAAAUGUAUGAAGGACAGGCAAGAAGUCAUUCCAUAGUUUGGGGUCAUGACUGAGGAGUGAGUAUAGAAUAACAUGCACGUUGAAAAGUUGGCCCUUUGGCUUUAUAAACUCAAGCAUCUCAGUGUAUGAUACAGAAUAAGUUUAAAAACAAAUUACUAAAUAAAUAAUUGUUCUUCCUUUGUCCUACAAAUAUUUCUUUUUAUCUGUGUGUCUGUUUCCACAUAAUUGAUCACAUUGAAUCACCCACUGUCCUUUGCUCAUCAGUUCUUCAUUAUAGAAUCAAGAAAAAAGGAGCUAGUAUUACGACAAAUGUUAUAUUAAUAUUACCUGGGAGGUUUUUGUGUUUAUCAUUCUGUGUGUUUUGGAGAUGCUGUACUCAGUUCUGACACACAACUACACCUAAAAAAAUUAACAAAUCCAUGUUUUAGAGGUCAUGACACACUGCUGCAUCUCUGCAGCGCUCACUAAAUCCAUCCCACAAAAUGUAGUGUUGUUCCUUUUCUUUUUACUUCCUGGGAUGAAUUAACUCAAAUUGUCAUCUCAAUUUAGGUAUCGUGAAUAAACUGAGAUGACGUAUUUCUUGUGUUCUUUGGUGACGUGGUUGCUUACUAAGUUGUGACAUCCAAGUGUAUUAAACAUUUUUUCUUACUUAAUUUUUUUGCCAUACUUUAAAUUCAAUCUGUUAUGUUUCAAAUGACAUAUACAUGCUUUAUGUCCCUACUACCUUGGUGCAUUAUGAGAAAAGUGGGCAACUAUAUCAUCGAGCUGUAUUUGUACAUUUUUGUGUGUAUGCAACCAAACUUUAAAUACAGAGGCAGAAUAACUUGCAAAUCGAGUAAUCUCCAAUACCCUGGCUGAGUGUUGCGUCAUUAUAUUAUUUAAUUAGAGGCCGCUCCUGCCUCCCACCCAUUCAGUGAUUUGUGUAACAAAAUGGCUUAACCAAGCCAUAAAGUUCAAGAAAGUUCCCAUAUGUUCUGAUGUGUGGUGUUUGUUUUUCUUAUUGCUCACCAAAUGGUUUGAGUUGACUUGUUCAAGCCUUGUAUGUAAAUAAUUCUAUAAAUGAGUUUAUGUAUGGGUCGUUAGAUGUGGAAGAAGGCUAUGGUUUUGAGAAUCAAUGCACUGUAAAAUAUGGUGAAUGAGAUAUAUGUAUACAUUUUACCCCGAAUGAAAGUCCAAAACUCGUAGGAAGUAUAAAACUGUAAGACUCUAUUGACAUGACAGACAGAAAAGCUCAUCUUUUUGUAUUGUUACUUGUUUAGUUCUUUUAUGAGUUGCAAGAUCUUUUUUGGGCAUAUAUUUAAUCUUGAUUAAACUUAUGUUCAUCUCUA